CCGGGCGGAGCGGCCAUGGAGGGUCAACGCUGGCUGCCGCUGGAGGCGAAUCCCGAGUUUCUCAAACAAUUAGGUCUGCAUCCUAACUGGCAGUUUGUUGAUGUAUAUGGAAUGGAUCCUGAACUCCUUAGCAUGGUACCAAGACCAGUGUGUGCAGUGUUACUUCUCUUCCCUAUUACAGAAAAGUAUGAAGUAUUCAGAACAGAAGAAGAGGAAAAAAUAAAAUCUCGGGGACAAGAUGUUACAUCGUCAGUAUAUUUCAUGAAGCAAACAAUCAGCAAUGCCUGUGGAACAAUUGGACUAAUCCAUGCUAUUGCCAACAAUAAAGACAAGAUGCACUUUGAAUCUGGAUCAACCUUGAAAAAAUUCCUGGAGGAGUCUGCAUCAAUGAGCCCUGAAGAACGAGCCAGAUACCUGGAGAACUAUGACGCCAUUCGAGUUACUCAUGAGACCAGUGCCCAUGAAGGUCAGACUGAGGCACCAAAUAUAGAUGAAAAAGUAGAUCUUCAUUUUAUUGCAUUAGUUCAUGUAGAUGGGCAUCUCUAUGAAUUAGAUGGACGAAAACCAUUUCCAAUUAACCAUGGGGAAACUAGUGAUGAAACUUUAUUAGAGGAUGCCAUAGAAGUUUGCAAGAAGUUUAUGGAACGUGACCCUGAUGAACUGAGAUUCAAUGCCAUUGCUCUUUCUGCAGCAUAGCCCAUCCAGAAUGGAAACACCAAAUACUGUAUUAUUUGCAACAAAAUUAAAUUUCCUCUGCCAGACACUAACUCACAAAUUUUGAUAUUUUCAUUAACUUGACGGAUUAAACUUUAUGUGAACUAAACUUU